AAAGCAGCGCCCGGUUUCCUCCUCGGAAAUUCGUUUAGGCUGCAGGCCGCGGUCUCGAGGGCUCUGACGUCACGAGAGUGAUUGCAGUGGUGACGAUAGUGGUCGUGGCGAUGGUUUGAGUAAUUAGAGUAAUAGGUGGUGGGUGGUGCUAGUGUUGGUGCUGUUGUGUGAGGAUUGAGUAAACAAAACUGAGUGCCUGUGCUUCCAAACGCGGGAUUUUCAUGAACAUAGUGCAUUUACAUCGUCAUUUAUAAUUAAAUAAAAUAUCAAUUUCAAAAUCCAACACUUUUGACAUUAACUCAACUCUGAAGUGAAUACUGAAGCUCUUACAAUGAUGAAGUGGACUGAAACUUUGAGUGACCACGAGUACGAGCCGAUUUCGCCGCCGCCCGUGCCGCAGGCGGCGCGCCUGGCCAUGGACCCGGACGUGGAGACGGAGCUGGGCUCCCCGCGGGGGCCCUUCGCGCGCACCGACAGCGACGAGAAGCGCGAGCGCCGCUACCUGCGCAUCCCGCUGGACGACGAGCUCGUCAUGAUGCCCGGCGACGGCGACGCCGAGGACGCGGCCAUGCGCAGCCGUGAGUUGGGCGACCUCAACGGCACGCACGACGACGAGGAAGAGGAAGCCGUGGCGGCGGCCGCUGCCGCCACCGCGGCCGCCGCUGCAGCCGCUGCGGCCGCUGCAGCCGCGGCCGCGGCCGACGAGGAGGACGCCGAGCUGAGCGCGCAGGAGAUGCAGGCGCGCAUGGAAGAGCGCUACUUCGCCGCCACGCCUACCACCACCGAGUCCCGCACGGACUGCGACGUCAACACCAGCCAGCUCGACUCCUCAGGCCUGGAGGACCUGCCUCUGAAGAGGGACGCCCGCAAGAAGAAGUCCUCGCCCGAUGCCACCGCCGAGAAACAAUCACAGGCCAGAGGGCUUCAGCAGAGAAUCCGAUCGCAGGCCGGCAGGAUUCGCACCAAGCUACGCAGCAUGUCGAGGCCCAAAUUUUCCAUGCCAGAGCGUCCAAAGUUCAACUUGCCCGAACGUCCCAAGUUCAGCAUGCCCAGUAUGCCGGAACGUCCUAAAUUUCAUCUGCCCGAGCGCCCGAAAUUCAAUCUGCCCGAGCGCCCGAAGUUUAAUCUACCGGAACGUCCGAAAUUUUCGUUCCCGGAACGGCCGAAGUUCCACUUGCCCGAGCGCCCGAAAUUCAACUUGCCCGAGAGGCCCAAAUUCAACUUGCCGCAGCGGCCGAAGUUAUCUAUGCCGACUUUGAGCAGUCUCUCGAGAAGCAGCGCGUCCACUACCCACGAGAAGAAGAAGGGCACCAGCAGCACCCGCAGGCCUCUGCGCGAUCGCCCGUCCACCCUGUCGAGCGGCUCCUCCUCCACCAAGCGCACGCUCUUCGACUUCGACCUGCGCACGUACCCGCGCAUCUUCGACCGCAAGGCCAAGCAAGCGGACUACGCUACGUCGUCGCCGAAAGCCACGCGCGCGCAAACCCCGCCGCCCAAGAUGCCGUCGCGCCGCAAGGGGCCCGUCGGCUCCCGGUGGGUGCACCGCUUCACGGACAUCAAAUACGCCGACGACGAGAACGUCCCGCCGAAAGAUCUGGCCGACGAAGACGUUCGCAUGGACAUCAGCGCCGAAGACCUGGGCGCGUUCGAAGAGCGGCCUGGCUCCGCGCACACCGAGUCUACGACGGCGUUCCGGGACAAGGACUACGGCUACGCCGUCACCAUGGAAGCCCGGCCCGGCCAGCCGGCCCCGGCCGCCGCCCCGGAGAGCAUUCCCGAGUCCGACCGCGAACAGCGCUCCUCGGGCAGUUCUUCGGACCGGCGACGGGCAGGCGUCCUCGAGGAGAUCGACUCCGACGAGUUCUUCCUACGCGAGAAGGGCCUCAGCCAGGAAGACGUGGACGUCGGGCGCUACCUCACCUCGGAGAUCCGAGAUGCGUUCCGCUCGCCGGUCAGCGCCCUCUCCCAGAUGGACAAGUACGAGUACUACGACGAGGAGGACGUGGAAAAUUUGGGCCAACGGUACCGCGGCACGCCCGAGCGCGAGCCGACGCGACCAGCACGAACUCGAUCGCUCCGACCUCGCAAGCGAGAGAACAGAACCCAGAAGACACCUAGCCCCACGUUGGAGAAAGACGCCAACUUCUACAACACCUUCCCCCCCGCCCGCCCCAAGAGAGCGCGCCGCCAGACCAAGGCGGCCGCAGACGACCAGGACGAGAAGGAGCAGCUGGAGGAGAACGUGGACGGCGAAGGGGAGAUCGUCCACGAGUACGCGGAGAAGAUGGACGACCUGGAGGCCGACGCGGAGGUGGAGGCCGUCGGCCUGGGGGACGCGUCCCCGGCGGUGCUCAAGCGCGCCAGCCCGGCCAUCGGGGAGGAGCUGAUGGACGACGAGCUGGCCGGCGAGGCGGACGAGGAGCCGCGCUCCGAACAGUGGUCCGCGGCGGCCCAGCACGAAGACCUGCCCUCGGGCGAAUUCCCGCCGCUCGCCCCGAAGCGCAAGCACCGCAGCCGUCGCGAGCUGCAGGAGGACGACGUCGUCUUGAACGGCCACUACACCAAGGAGGACUGGCUCGAGAAUGUCGAGGUGGAGAUAGAAGUCGAGCGCGUCCAUAACGCCGGGCGCCGCCGGCUGCGGGCGGCGGCCGUCUGUUCACAGGAGCCGCGCGGGGAGCCCGACUACAUCAUCCCCGCGUCGCCCGAGGAGGAGGGCGAGGCGGUGCCGGUGCCUCCGAAGCGCGGCCGGCGCCACGGGUUCGAAAUCCGAGAGGAGGCAGCGCGUGAGCAUCCCGCCGUCUUGGGGGGCGGGGCGCGGCGCCGCGCCACGCGCGACCUCCCGCCCAGCGCUACAGCAGCGACGAGAGGAGGAGGACGCGGGGGCGGACCACCCGCCGCCCUCGCGCACGCCCGGCGCGUCGGCCCAGGCCGCCGCCCAAGCCGCCGCCCACGGAGUUUCUGCCGCCCCACGCCGGCCCCCAGCGCCCUCGCCGCCUCGCAGGCGCCUCGCGUUGCCGCGGAACGCGUCAGUCGUGGAGGCUCGGUCGGGCCAGUUGGUGAGGGCCUGGCCUACGCGUCCUCAUCUGCGCUGCUCCCAUCCGCCGCACGCUGGCAGUACGCCAACUCGCAGCUGCAAACGAUCAGGAGUGACAAGCGCCCGCGACUUGCA